AAGAUUUUCCAUUUGCUCCACUUGCCACAAAGUGAGCCGUACCAUCAGGAGUUGAAGAACAACAGAGACUCAUCCAUGAGCCUCUCUGGGGUCUCGGCCUAAGUGUUCUUGUGAAUGCAAAGGAGGCUGUUGCGAUGGAGAGGCUUGUAGAGCUCUAAGUUGCAGCAUUGGUUGGGAUGUUUGUUGACUUGAAGCGAGGAGAUUGAUGUUUGAACAUUUUUUAUGAAAGAGGAAGUGCAUGAAAACAAGAUGGAGGAGCACAAUUCUGUCAGCUUCUUGAGACUCCUGUCAGAGGAGAGCACUCAGUCGUCUGACUCCUAUGAGUACUAUCAGACUGAGAUAUUUGAUCAGCUGCCCAGCGUCCAGGCCCUCCGACCGGUCCAGGCCUACCAGGGUGGCCCAGAGCUGGGGAAGAGGAUCAGCCAUGGCCAGCUGCCCCCGGGACCCAGAGACAAAACGUCUACACAGCCGCUCAGGAACCUCGUCACGUGUAUUCAGGGGAAAAGAGGUGCCAGGGACAGAAGGAAAAUGCAAAGAAGCAAAAUUGGUUGCUGGGAGUCGUGGAGGCGGAGUCAGAACAUCACCACGAAGAGGGUAUGGGCACAGAUGGGAGGAGCUCUAUCAGGCUUGUUACCAUGGCAGCACACUCUUCACACCAUCGAAGGCAGGUUUGGAUUCGGCGUGAAGUCUUACUUUGUGUUCCUCAGAUAUCUGAUUUACCUGAACCUCCUUCACUGCGCUCUUAUCUCAGGCUUCAUUCUGGGGCCUACAGCAUUUUAUGGCAGGGGCAACAGCAGUGGUAAGUCAGCUGUAAUAACAGAUUUCACUAAAUUCACAACGAUUCAGUGUCAACUUGAUGUUUUUCUCUGUGAUUUAACAGAACCUCUGAGGUUUGGAGACAAUGACUCUGUUCUGGAUUUCUUCCUUGGAUCGGGGUACCUGGACCGUUCUCCUGUCUUCUUGGGUUUUUAUACUCCUGGUUCCCUGAAUAAGCCGUGUCUGAAAACACCUCUGUUGUACUUCGCUGGAAUCCUCACCAUCCUCUUCCUCAGUCUCAUCAUGGUGGUCCGCAGGACGAUAGUUGGCUACAAGCACACCUGGAUGCUCGGGAGACGUUACAGCACGAACAUGAGCUACAAGAUCUUCUGUGGUUGGGACUUCACCAUCCAGGACCCCAUCGCUGCUACUCUCAAACGCAGCUUCAUCAGAAAUGAUCUCAAGCUGUUCCUGGAUGAGCAGCGUUUCUCCCUGCGUGAGGAGCAAAGGACUCUGGGACAGAGAGUGUUUCUGUACCUCCUCCGGUUCAUCCUCAACCUGCUCAUUCUGUCUCUGCUGGGCGGAGCAUUCUGUCUUAUCUACUACGCCACAACGAAAUCACAGGAGGAAAGUAAGCGCUACUGGUUGGUCAGUCUGCUCCUCCAGUACCUUCCUUCCAUCACCAUCACCUCCAUCAACCUGGUGCUUCCUCUCAUCUUCCGUAAGAUUUCAUCUUUUGAAGACUACUCUUUCACAGCGCAGGUCAAUGCAACGCUUGUGAGGAGCAUCUUCCUGAAACUCACCUCACUGGGGAUCUUCUUAUUUUUCAUCUUCAAAGAACCUGAGCAUAGUGUUUUUCAGUGCAGACAGAACAAGUUUGGCAGAGAGAUGUACAAGCUGUGUAUCUUCAACUUCCUCGCCACUUUCUGCAACGCCUUCCUCUUGAACUACCCCAGAAUGCUGGUGCAGGAGAACUUCCCCUCGUCCUUGCUAGCCCGGUUGAUGGGGAAAAAACGCUUCUUGAUCACUUUCAAUGUGUUGGAUCUGGUGUACCUUCAGACGGUGUCCUGGGUGGGAGUCUUUUACUGCCCUCUGCUGCCUCUGAUAGGAACUGUGACACUGACGGCCAGCUUCUACAUUCAGAAGUUCACAGUCCUGCGGUGCUGUGUGGCCGAGCAGAGGAUGUUUCGUGGUUCCAGCUCCUCCGUUUUAUUCCACUUCAUGUUGCUUCUCGGUCUCCUCAUGGCCGCAGUCACACUGGGACUCAACCUCCACCAACAAGAAGCUACACCUGACAAGAAUUUGUCUUCCUGUGGUCCAUUUGGGAAUGGUAAGACUGUCCUUUUUGUGGCAGGAGAGUGUGUGGAAAGCCUCCCCAGUCUGGCACAGAGUACUCUCCGCUACCUGGCCUCUGAGGCCUUCGCCCUGCCGCUCAUACUCACUGAGGUUAUAAUCUUAACCUCAUUCAUGUCACGGAGACGAGCCAAUCAGAAGGCCAUCGAGAGGCUGAAGGACAUGCUGGUUAUGAGCAGCUCAGAUAAACGCUUCCUGGUCAAACAGCAUGCCACCAUACUCAGAGGUAAAAGAAACAACCACAGGGUCCGCUCUGCCGACAUCCAAGAGGACCCUCCCUCAUCUCCUACAGAGUGAAUACAGAGCCCACGCUGCGCGGCCUCUCCAUCUUUACAUCCAGAGACUUUCAUUAGAAAUAUAAAGGCUUUUUAGUCGGACAGCAGCUGAGUGAAAGACUGCAGGGGCUCGAUUAAAAAACAUAUUAGGUUGAUGAACUCUCACAUUUCAGUUACAUGACAUAGAGAGAUGAUAAAGGCAAUUUUGUGAAAUAUUUUAAAGCUGAUGUUUUUUUAUCCAAUUUGUCAAUUUUCUGUCAUAUUGAAAAGUUGUGUGUAUGGAGGGGGGGAGUUUAGCCUUGAGUUUGUUAAAGCUUCUGUGGGAACUUGUAGUUUGUGUUGAUUUUGUGGACAAAGCAGCACCUUUUAUGCCUUUAGUGAUUUUGAACUGUACAUCUAGUGUUUUUUUUUUGUUUUUUUACAAAAUAUUGUUUCCUGCUUUUUUUAGGCAGUCAAAUGUAUCAUAUAAGUGAAAAAAAAAAUGAGAGAGAGGCAGCAUGAUGUUAAUCACCUUGGCCGACACCUAACCCUGGCAGAAGUUUCAGGCAUUAAAAAUAACUCUUCAGAAAUAGUCAGUCUUAUCUAUUAUGGUCUUGUUUACUUUUGAACUUCAUGAAGAGGCACCAGUAUUAACAUCUGCCUGUUUCACAACCAGCUAAAAACUAUUUACAGGAGCUUUAAGCUUAUUUUAAAGCCAGUGUUUAAACCUUUAAAUGUUUAUAAGUGAAUGCAUAAUUCAUGCAAAUGCUUUAAUAUACUUUCUCAGAUAGUCACACGUAUCAGCUGUUAUCAAUACAUUUUAUAUUGACUUGUAUUUAUUACAUUGUAUCUUUUUGUUAUAAAUAUCCUGCUCAUUAAACAUUUUAUAGUUUGUGCAUUUUAAGCUUGUCUGUGUCCAACAUCUCAUUGGUCGUCAAAAUUAAAGCCUAACAUGUUAUCUACUUGCAACAUGUGUUGACACCCAUAGCUUUUACGCACACACUAAAUCCACACAUGCAAGCACAAAUGCCUAACCAUGUCAAAGAAAAAUGCACAGCACUGCUAUGAAGAAUCCACACUCUUAUUUGCUGCCAAUAUUGGGUGAGUUUGUCGUAUUUGAUUUAAAAUGGCAACAUGAAUAACCCAUUCAACGUAAAAAAAAAGUUCUUAUUUUUGUUGUGUUUUGUUUUGUUUAGCUCUGGCGAGUUUGGUCGUCAAGAUAAGUAAGUUCUUUUUUGGCUUAGUUCAGUUUGCAGAGAUAUUUUUUGUUUGUCCUCGCUGAUUCAGAUCUCUUCUGAUAUUUUCUAAAUAGAAAGCUGUUUAUGUAGGAGCUUGUUAUUCUUUGAUAUGACUGCAUUGCAUGAAUUAAUUUCAUAUGUGUUUUUUGCUAUUUUAAAAAAAAGUGUUCUGGUAAA